CAGGAGGCGCGCCGGAGCCCGGCCGCCGCGUCCCCACCACCACCGCGAGUCUGGCAUAAGGACGGCCGGGAGGGCGCACGGGCAUCUCCAUGGUGCAGGAGGGCGGCAUGUCACGCACACCUUACAGCUCCAGCCAAGACAUCCAGAUGGAGGUCUUCGACAAUCCGGGCCUCCAGGGGAAGUACGGCAAGCGUAAGAGCCGCUUCAAACGCUCCGACGGCAGCACCUCUUCCGACACCACUUCCAACAGUUUCGUCAGGCAGGGUUCUGCUGAGUCCUACACCAGUCGCCCGUCUGACUCUGAUGUGUCGCUGGAGGAAGACCGUGAAGCCCUGCGCAAGGAAGCAGAGCGCCAAGCCCUGGCACAGCUAGAAAAAGCAAAGACUAAGCCAGUAGCAUUUGCUGUGAGGACGAAUGUCGGUUAUAACCCUUCUCCCAAUGAUGAUGUGCCCGUCCAGGGAAUGGCUAUUUCUUUCGAACCCAAAGACUUUCUUCAUAUCAAAGAGAAAUACAACAACGACUGGUGGAUCGGGCGCCUGGUGAAAGAAGGCUGCGAAGUCGGCUUCAUCCCGAGCCCCGUCAAGCUGGAGAACAUGAGGAUGAUCCAGGAGCAAAAGAUGAGGCAGCACCGGCUCAGCUCCAGCAAAUCGGGAGACAACUCCACCUCCAGUCUGGGAGACGUGGUGACGGGCACCCGGAGACCCACCCCGCCUGCCAGUGGUACCUUGGACAUGACUAACUUAGCUUAUGACCCCGACGCCCUUGACUUAGAGGAGGAGGAGGAGGCGGAGGCAGCCGAGGAGAACCAGCGAACCCCUAAGACUAGCGUUAGCAGCGUCACCACGCCCCCCUCCGCCACCAAGCGCAUGGCCUUCUUUAAGAAGACGGAGCAGGUGCCACCCUACGACGUGGUCCCUUCCAUGCGGCCGAUCAUCCUAGUGGGUCCCUCUUUGAAGGGCUAUGAGGUGACGGACAUGAUGCAGAAGGCUUUGUUCGAUUUUCUGAAACGCCGAUUUGAUGGCAGAAUAUCCAUCACACGCGUGACAGCCGAUAUCUCCCUGGCCAAGCGCUCGGUCCUCAACAACCCUAGCAAACACACCAUAAUUGAGCGCUCCAGCACCCGUUCUAGCCUAGCUGAAGUGCAAAGUGAAAUUGAGCGCAUCUUUGAGUUGGCCCGCACGCUGCAGCUGGUAGCCCUGGAUGCUGACACCAUCAACCACCCAGCUCAACUGUCCAAGACGUCGCUGGCACCCAUAAUUGUCUACAUCAAGAUCUCUUCCCCCAAGGUGCUGCAGCGACUGGUGAAGUCAAGAGGCAAAUCCCAGGCAAAGCAUCUGAAUGUGCAGAUGGUGGCAUCAGAUAAACUGGCACAGUGCCCUCCAGAACUGUUUGACAUCAUCCUGGACGAGAACCAGUUAGAAGAUGCCUGCGAGCACCUGGCCGAGUACCUGGAAGCCUAUUGGAAGGCCACGCACCCUCCCAGCAGCAACCCGCCCAAUCCGCUGCUGACACGCACCAUGGCGACGGCCGCCUUGGCUGCCAGCCCCGCCCCUGUCUCCAACCUCCAGGGACCCUACUUAGUGCAUGGGGAAGAGCCUCACAACACCGAGCACUCCGGCCUGCACAACUACUCGGGGCAGCCGGUGGGGCGCAGCCAGGUCCGGCCAGUGCAGCACCCCUCCCACCUGGCCGCCCGGGGCCUUUCCCGCCAGGACACCUUCGAUUCGGAGACCCAGGACAGCCGGGAUUCGGCGUACACUGAGCCAGGGGAUUCCUGCAUGGACAUCGAGACCGAUCCCUACGAGGAGCCGGAGCCCCGUGGCCCCCACGGCCCGGGCCACCGCCGCCACCAGCGCCAGUCUUCCUGGGACGCCGAGGAACCCGACCGGCAAAACCACAACCGGCCUCUGCAUGGGCGGGGCAAGGGGCGGGAGCGCUACUGCCAAAACGAGGAGGAGGAGGAAGAGGAGACCAUUGGCCACAACCAAAACGACGUAGAGGACUGGGGGCGGGACGCUUAUAUCCAUUAGGGCCCGGUGGGGAGGGCAUGGCUUUGAUCCACUGGGGAGAAGGCUUCCUCCCACUCACGGCCCUGGGAGGGGUCAGCGGCUCUCUUUAAUGCAGUGGCCCCCGGGGAGAGACCCUGGGGUCUGCCGAAGGCGGGUCUUCCUCUCCACCGGGUGGUGGUUGGUGGGAGCAGCGCUCGCGUCCCAAAAGGCCGUGCCGUCUCCAGCCAGGUCUGUGAGUUAACUCCCCUCCUCUCCAUUCUCUUUUGGGGAACCCCCCCCCUCCCCCGCACCUCACCAUUUGUGCCAACAACCUCUCUGGCCCUCCCCCGUCCUACCAGCCAGCACUGCCUGGGCUUUUCUCACAGUGUCACUGAACAGACAAUUCACGUCUGCCUUGAGGCGCUCCUUCCGCUCAGGGCCCCCUCGUGGACCUGGGGAGGGAGCGGGCCGGUCUCCAUCGGUGCCUAGGGUCACGCCCCACUCUGUGGCCAGAGCCACAGUGGACACAGCUGAAUCACAGAGCUGUUUGGAGACAUCCUCUUUGGAGCCUUCCCGUCUGACUCCAUCGAUGGCCAAACAGCCGCCCGGCGUCCCUCUGCAGAUCGAGGCUGCCGUAGGUCCUCUGCAUUUGCCUGCGGGAUGGCGCUCUAGCGGCCCGAGCGCUGGUGGGAGGGCAGUGCGGAAGGCAGGGGGGGCAAAGGCCAAGCCUGGUUUCCCGUCACGAGAUCGCGUCACGAGAUCUUCUCCAGUGCCUAUAGAAGAAGUCCUUCCCCGGUCACCUUAAUUCCUCCUCCCCUGACCAUCCUCCAGUGCCUCGGCUCACGACCCUUCGGGAUGUAUUUUCUCAGCUGGAGAGAUCCUGGGCCUGCGGGGGUGCAUGCGAGUGCGGUGUGUACCAGGGCUGGCAGAGAAGGAGACUUCGGGGUCCCUCCCUCGAGCGUGCCUGUAACCAGCUGUCGUCCUGCUCUUAACACUGAUUGCGAAAACCCCUUUCCAGCAUGCGCGACAACGUGGCCUGUGGCAUUCGGCAGAUGAAAGGUAGGGAAAUAUUCCCGCAGCUCCGAACCGGGAAGGCGAAUUUUCCCAGACUGUUCCAAGACAGCACCCUGCUGCCUUUAUCGCGGGUACUGCCUCCUGUCACAGUGGGAGGUGGGGACGCACCACGCACCAUCCCGUCCCACUGUUGCCUCUGCCUUUUUGCUGAUGGCCUUUGAAAGAUAACUUGCCUUUCCGGUAAGACUCGGUCCAAUCAGCCGACUUUUGCUCCGCGAGAUAAAAACGACUUGCGAGCUGGCGAAGGUGAGCCUCACAGCAGUCCUUGGUGUUACGCGAGUCCGAGAGCCAGACCGUGACGGAUGGCUUCUAGAAGAGGGCCACGGUUGAGUGGGCAACGCAGGUUGAAUGUGCCAUGCAGCUCUUAUCUGUAGUCCCGGGUCUGCCGCCACUGACACCCGUUGGGACUGCCACAGAGCUAGGGACCACUUGGACCCACUGUGACUGUGAGUUGACCAGCUUGGAGCCGUAUGAUGCUCUACAGACUGCAAGGGGGAGAGCCGUGGCCGUUCACCCUCACGAACGUCAGCCGUACCCUGACAGAUUCCACAGCACCCAGACACACCAUCUUGUGCCAAAACUUACUUCCUGCCCUUAGGGCUGGAGGCCUCCUUAUUUUGAGGGAUUGCCCUUCGUUCAAAGAUGUCGCCGUGGUGCAGAACGUGACUGGCAACCUUCAUCUCCAAUCGCCACACACCUUUGGCAUUUACUGGGCCUAAGUGCUUGAAACGAGGCAGCCUCACCUUCUCCCCCAGUGUGUUUCUUUCCUCUUCUGUUGGUUGACUCCCUUCGUCCUCCUCUUUGAGGAACAACUUGGUCCCACAUCAUCUGCUCGGCGACAGAAACAAGAAUCCUUGUCUGUGCCUGGCUUGGAGGGCCUGAGGCAACCUUGGUGUGCGUGGGUUUUUUUGUCAUUGUUCCAUUCAUGUUCUUCGUGGCAUGAGCCACACAAGCUGCUGCGACCCUCUGAAGCCCCUUCCCCGUGUGUCUUUUCUGCCCCGUAGUUUUAUAUAGUUCACAUGCCAGCUGCCUCAGCCUCCAUUCGAACAGCAUUUCUAUCUUCUGCAUGAAUGUAGAGAUUUUCAGGAGAUAACUGUUCCUGAUAACUGAUUUCUUGUCAGGGAAAACAGCGACACAUAGCCUUAGGUCAUCCCGUCAGGCCUUAGGGUAUCACUUUAUUCUGGCUAAAGCUGAAGGGCGAACAUGGCACAUUCUGUUGGGAGCGCAGCUGAUGGAAUGUACCGCCACAGUCUCCAGGUACACCAGGCAGGGUAACACAAGCUAUUUGACGUAAGAUGAGGAGCUUCCCCGCAUCCUGAUUUUCCUCACUUGUAAAUUCCUGGGGUUUUUUGGGGGGUGGGGUGUCUCUGUCCCACACAUGUUUUGUCCCUCUUGUGGUUGAUCGAUAUUACACCAGUUUACGUCUGGCAUAAAAACGUGCAUCUUAAACCUGCAGAGAGAUAUGCCGGAUACAAACCAGUGUAAUGUCGAAUCGACCACUAGAGGGAGCAAAACAGAAACAGGAGCAUAUGAGUGAGGAAAAUGGAAAUGCAGAAAAGCCCCUCUGGGAAGCAGUGCAUAUUGAGAAAUGGGCUGGAAAUCUGGACACAUGGCUUCUGACUGCUGGAGGUGUCAAAACACUGUAGUGACUGAGGGUAGCUGGUGUGUGCUGGAUCUUGCCUUUGUGGGCGGGGUACUGGUGGGAAGUAUCUUUCUGGUCCCUUUUGACUCCCGUGAAAACGUACCGUCUACAGUUCCUGCGGCCAUCCAGUCUGGUGCUUUUAGUCCUGCUGUGUGAUGCCUGUUGGGUGGGGACGGUCCCUGCCUGGUGUCCUUGACCUUAAGGACCAUCCCCUUAUUUUCACCGGCUGUCCCUUAUCCCAGAGUCUUGUGCAUCCACGGCACUUUCCAACAGCCGUUUUUUAGAUCAGACGCCACUGCUUGAAAUGUUUGUCUGGCGAUCUCAGCAAUUCCGUAACUGUGUUUGACGGCUAUAUGAUGAGGUAUGGUGGACCUUGGAGGUAGGAACAGACUACCCAGACUCCUCUGGCCCAAACGAGCUUUUGCUGCACCUUAGGGGUACUUAAUGGGGGAUGCAGUGAUGAACCUAAUGCUGAAGUACAUGAUGACUUUCAAGUUGUGUUGCCGGGAUGGACUUCACAUCUCUGUCUCUCUCCCCCCCCCCCCAUCUGCUUGGAGCUUCAUGAAGAUAAGUUAAUGAGCUAUUUGCAGGGGGAGUUUCCCCAAAGUUCUGGUUGUGCAAGAGUUUAUGGGGAAGGGGCACUGUUACUUUAUAGCAGGGGAAAAGAACAAAGAGGAUUUGAACCACAAGAUCUGUGUAUUUGUCAUUUAUCAGAUUGUUUAAAGGAGUGUAUUUUUAUUUAUUUAUUCUUAGCUUUGUCACUUGGGAUGGAAUUUUUUUGGCCAAUUUUUUUUUUUUUGCAGUAAAUUGCAGUAAGCUGUGCUAGUCCAUUAGGGAAAAAAACUCCAAGAAUUUGCCAUAACACCUUACGUGAGGACCAACUGCAGACCUUGCUACACAGUACAAAGCCAUGGCCAAGGUCUGUCACAAGAACUUGUAGUCAGAUGUGUGUUGCAAGUUCCCCACUGAGAAUUCAGUUCCCAGAUGUGUGGGGGCCUGAUUCAGAUUGGGACUGUGGUACGCAGGCUUAUGCCUUCUCCUUCCACUGUUUUCCAGGCCUGAAAUGGCCUUAGGGAGCUGCUGUUUGUCCCACUGGAGAAACUUAUGGAUGGGCCAUUGGUACACACGGAUUUCCCAGUGGCACAAAUAGUGGUUCCCGAGGGCCAUUUCAGUCUGGAAAAUGCCAUGGAGGGGCAGUCCAAAUCCAAAUUGGACCUCCACACAACUGGAAAUCAAGUUUCCAGCAUGAAAGCCAGAACACUUUUUCUGCAUUCUCAUUUUCCUUGCUUGUGUGUUCCUGCUGCUUUGGGGGGCUUCCUCACAUGUUCUGCUCCUUCUAGUGGUUGAUUUGAAAAUACAUCACUUUUUGUCUGGCAUAAGAAACGGCAGUUCAGGCUUUUCCACAUUCUCAUUUUCCUCGCUUGUAAGUUCCUGUUUCUUCUGGAGUUUUCCCCUGUUCUGCGUGUGUUUUGCUCCCUCUAGUGGUUGAUUUGAUAUUACAGUAGUUUAUGUCUGGCACAAAACCCCCACAGUUUAAAUCUGCAGGGAGAUAUGCUGGACAUAAACUGGUGUAGUAUUU